UAAAAUUUAAAUUUAAGUUUUUAUAAUAAUAAAAUGGAAAGUAUUACUAAAGAUAUUGAAGAAGAGAACACCCAGAUAAUCCGCCUAGAGAAGUCUGUCCUGGCAAAAACCAAGAAGCAAGAGGUCACCACAUGUCAGAGCAUCCUCGAUAAGGUCCUUCAAGGGCAAAGAGUUGAGCCAUCGGAUUCAGACUUCGAUAAAUUUUCAAUAAACAGUAGACUUAACAUUUGGUUGAACAAAAUCAGAGAUGAAGAACUUUUGAAAAGUUUGGAGUGACUUAAGGUUUUUGAUAUAGAUUUGCUUGAUUUGAAUGGAAUUGGGUCUAAAAAUAGGCGUUUUGUAAAUUUCUUGCAAUCCUCAUUCCCAAAUCAAAUUAAAUAUCUCGUUUUUUGAUCCAGUGGCCAAAGGGAUCUGGAAAGAUGCAACUACUUAAACUCUCUGACCAGACUCAGCUCCAAAGUCGCUCAUGAAGUUCGACUUGCACACUUCAGCAUCAGCCUGCCCCAACUGAAGAGGCUCAUGGCAGCUUUCAGACAUGUGAGAACUUUGAGAUUAAUAAGUUGCAGGCUAUCUAUCCCAAGUGUCCCUGAUUUGUCAAAGGCUCUGAAGAAUUGCCAAAUCCAGGGAAUAGAUUUAGACGGCUCAGGACACUCGGAUAGAAGUGACUGGGGGAACAACUUAAAUGAGUUCGAUAACUUGGUACAAGGGUUAGCAAGCUCUCCAGGUUUAAGAUUGAAUCUUGAAGAAGUAGAUGUCUCUGGCUGCGGAGUAACCCAAAAUAAAGUUGAACAACUCUUUGAAGAAAACCAGCUUGGAGGAGUUAACAUAAUUGGCGAUUUUUAA